AUGUAUCAAGUCUCUACUAUGUGUCGACGUGUCCUAUGUGGGCGGCGCCUGUUAUUUGAAGCAGAUAACUACCUCCCUUGUGAACGCUCCAUAAGUCUUGACAGCUCAGCUCGUCAACACUCAGCCAAAGCUCUCUUGUCUAGACAACAAAGACAACGGAAAGUUGUACACUGCCAAAAAAACGGCGGUCUCUAUAUAAUCGAAUGUAACAUUGAUCACUAUGGCGGGGACUCAACAUCCGUUGGUGGUACCACCUUCGAGUCCUGCAUGGAUGCUUGCAACGCGGCCACUGGCUGUGUUGAACCCAAGAUAUAUCCAGUUGAUGUAUCUUGGGCGUCUGCAACCUUUUUACCUGAAGAACACGCUAAACCUGGGAGUCACAGCCAGCCAAGUAUGGACUGGCCGCUUGGUCCAGGAUGUACAGCCAUCUUCCAGCUCGCCUGCAAGCUCCUCAUCCACCCACUUUUCGACGAUAGAGUCCUCUUCCAUCUCGUUCUCGGCCCCAUCGUCAACGUCAGCGCCAGCAUCGUCUUCAGUGUUGUCUUCUGCAGAGUCAUCCACACUCGCUGGUCCGUCCUCGAGCUCGUCGCCGUCCCAAUCGUGAACUCUGACAACAUCUUCUGUCUAGUCCUCAGACCCUGUUACUAA